AUGGACAUUAGCUGGUAUGAAGCAGAUUAUCAUUGUCGCCAGGUCAGCUCGUCUCCAAGUGCAGCCAGUAUCCUCAUCUUCAGCACAGCCCUCUACCUGCUCCUGAUCCUGGAUGGAGCUCAGGGUCGUUCCAUCAAACCAACCAUGCCCCCUGUCAUGGAGAACAAGCCCUUUCUGGUCAUUUGGAACAUUCCGACUGAGAAAUGCAGCACUCACCGUGGUGUUGAUCUCCACCUGAACGACUUUAAUAUAGUCACCAAUGAGAAUGAAGUUUUCAUGGGAGGGAAUAUCACAAUAUUUUAUAACUAUCAGUUGGGCAAAUAUCCUUACUAUGAAAACAACCAUGUGGUGAAUGGGGGCUGUCCCCAGAAUACAAGCCUAAUUGAACACACUAAAAAGAUGCAGGCUGACAUUGAGAAGUAUUUACCCUCCAAACACUACAAGGGUCUGGCAGUCAUUGACUGGGAGGAGUGGAGACCCCAGUGGGUACGUAACUGGGGCACUAAAGCCAUCUAUCGUGAGAAGUCGGAGGAGCUGGUUCGAGCCAGGUACCCUGACUGGUCUCCUGCACGAGUUCUGAAACAGGCGGAGUGGGAGUUUGACACAGCAGCCAACAAGUUCAUUACUCAAACUUUGAGGGUGGGUCAGGCAAUGAGGCCCCAGGCAAUGUGGGGUUACUACCUCUUCCCAGACUGUUACAAUUACCAUUACAAUGACAACUUCUCUGGUUACAAUGGGCGCUGCCCUUCUAUUGAGUUUGAACGCAAUAACCAGCUGCAAUGGCUCUGGUCCCAGAGCAAUGCCUUGUAUCCUUCUAUCUACAUGGAGGAAAUCUUAAAAUCUUCGGAACAAGGGAGGCAGUUUGUGAGAGCACGGGUGCAAGAGGCUAUGCGUGUGUCUUUGAUGGUUGACUCAGCAUAUGCACCACCCGUGUUUGUGUACUCUCGAUCGCACUACGCUUACACCUUCAAGCCAAUGACACAGGUAGAUUUAAUCUACAGCAUUGGGGAAAGUGCAGCUCUGGGAGCAAGUGGAGUCAUCCUGUGGGGAAGUAUUGAAUUUUCUCGCACCAAGGUAAAUUGUCAGCAUGUGAAGGAUUACAUCAAGAGUACCCUGGGGCCCUAUGUUGUAAAUGUCACUGUGGCUGCUCAGACCUGCAGUCAGUACCUGUGCAGCAAGCACGGCCGAUGUUACCGCAAGCAUCCUCACGACAACAUCUACCUCCACUUGAAUAAAAGAUCCUUUCAGAUUGUCGCACGGACUGAUCGUGGCACAUUCAGGGUCUACACCAAAGGCAAAUUAAGUUUUAUGGACAAGCGCCGAUUGAAAUCAAAAUUUGUCUGUCAAUGCUACAAGGGCUGGAGUGGGAAAUCCUGCAAUAAGUCAAAAAACACUGGCUCAGGUUAUUGGUUAGACAGCUCCCUGUUCAUUGUUGCUCUGUCAUCACUGAUAAUAUGGUUUCUCCCUGAUAUGUCUGUCCUUAUACAAUGAAGUUCACCUUCCUGAUUGUAAAACUCACAUGGUAUCAUGAAUUGUGCAUGUCUGUGUGUGUCAGCACAUUCUCACACUCAACCAUACACACCCUGAACCAUGCUCACACACUUAGCCACACAUAUGUUCACAAUCACUCGCACAGUAUGCGCACAUGACCCAAUUUUCUCAUAUAAAUUCUCUCUUACACACACACACACACACACACACACACACACACAUAUACACGCACGCACAAACACAUAUACACACAUGCACACAGAGCAAGUGGCCACUUAAGGUGACUGCUAUAUCUUGCAAAAUGUGUGUGUGGAGUUAUGACACAUUGGGUUGUAAAUUGACGCAGGUUUUAGUUCUUUACCUGGUGAAACUGGGUUUUUUAAACGGAUUGCCAGAAUCCAACUUUAAAUUGUUGAUGUUAACAGCAAUUAUUGAGGCUGUGUAUGUUUUUGAAAAAAUAUUUAAAGUUUCAACAAAUUAAUAGAUAGACAUGUGACCUGGGAUGAAAAUUUUCACCUUGUGUUUGACUGAAUGUAAAUCCAGGAUUAAAAAUGUCAAUGAAUUGUAGAGAUCAAUUGGUGAUUGGCGGUGAGUUACAGAGUUACCAGUUGGUGGUAAUGGUGAAUACAGUGCAUAGUGUGGAUCAGAGAAAGCAUUGUAGAGUUAUUAAACAUUGUAAAUCACAUCAAAUGUCACAUCAGUUAAAUUAUCAAUCAGCUCACAAUUAAUAGUAAGGGUCACGAACAUGAUUAAGGAGGGGCAUCAUAAACUGAUCUCAAAAUGCAUUUGAUGAAGAGUGGGUGGGUUAAACUGUUGGAUCUGCACAGUAUUCCUGAGUAACUCACAGGCCAGGGCCAAUUACCAAAUAGGCUAAAUUGGAAUUACAUUUUUAGCCGUGAGGGUUCUCACCUGGUCUGAGAUUGAAAGAAUCAUGUGGAUUAUAAAUACUCCUGGUUGUUUUGUACAUGGUAACCCGUAAUAAUGCUGAACCAGGCCUGACUAAACCGGGGAAAAGUCUCUCACUCCAACCAGCACAAACUGUGAAAUGUUGAUCCCAUCACUGUUGAACUAGACAGUGAGCAGCGAGGGCCAGCUUUUUCCUCCAAAAGCAGUUCCUGCCAAUUUCUGCCCAGUGGCUUUUGGGAAAGCAAAGGAAAGUCGCUGAGUAUUCAAGGGGGAAUGGAAUAUAAAAACUGGAAGGUUUUAUUGCAUCUGUACAGGGGGUUAGUGAGGCCCCAUCAUAGAAAUGUUAAUGCAGAGGUGGUUGCUCAGCCCAGCAUGUCUGUCCUAUUUCUCCCGAAGAGAAGUCAACAUCUGGAGAACAGAGUUGAGCUUUGGUCCCCUAGUUUAAUAAAGGAGGUAACUGCUUUAGAAGCUGUUCAGAGAAGGUUCACUUGACUGUGGAUGGGCAGGACCUGUAUUGGAGUUCAGAAGAAUGGGAUAUAAUGAUGUUGGAACAUCUAAGAUCCUGAAGAGAAUCAGAAACAGGGAUAAUGGUUCUCCUUCUGAGGAAGCUCUAAAGCCAGAUGAUCAGUUCAGGAGUGAGAGUUCUUCCUUUUCAGAAGGAGACUGGGUCAGUGCUGGAUGGGGUGAGAGGAUCCCAGUUGCUGGUGAUCACCUGCUUGUGUCUGCAGCUGGCAAUUAAAGACAGGAUAGUGAGACCCACUGUGGAGGAAAAACUCUGUAACAGAUUUCUCAGCAUCUGAACUCUGACACUGGACGCUACUUCGCAGACACAGUGUUUGUAAAAUUUUUAAGUGCAACAACAUUUAAACUCUUUAUAAAGUCAGGAAAUAUUAGAGUUAGAUACUUCACUGCUGUAGUGGUUUCAAUGUGUGUUUAAUCUCCAGUAUCCCUGACUCAAUCCUGAACAAAUCAGAAUCGUUCCUAUUUAAAGAGAAGUUCUCUUCACCUCCUCUUUUUGAACUUGAUUCCCUCAGUUCAAUUAGAGAUCUAUUCUGAGAGUUUUUCAUGGCACUGGGUUACAGAACAAAGGAGGUUGGCCAAAACAAGACUUCCUGUCCUGGCUGAUAAUGUCUCCCAAAUUUAGAGAGUGGGGUGUGUUGGUGAGGAGAACAGACCAUGAAAUCACAGACAAUGUGGAUUCAGCAAGGGCUGGACACUACCGCCCCUGUCCUGGCAGGGUCUGAUAGAUACAGUUGUAGAAGGAACUUUACUCUGUAUCUAACCCUGUGCUGUACCUUCCCCAGAGCAUAUCAAGUUCUUGGGUGUUGUUGGGGCUGUACCCAUCCAGGCAGGUGGGGAGUAUUCCAUCCCACUCCUGACUAGUGCCUUGUAGAUGGUGGGCAGGCUCUGGGGAGUCACAGUCAGUUAUUCACUGCAGGACUUCUAGCCUCUGACCUGCUCUUGUAGUCACUCUGUUUAUGUGGUGAGUCUAGUUCAGUUUCUGGUCAAUGAUAACCUCCAAUACAUUGAUAGUGGGAGAUUCAAUGAUGAUAAUGCCAUCAUGAAUGUUAAGAGGUGGUGGUUAGAUAGUCUUUUAUUAGAGGUGAAUAUUGUUUGACAUUUGUGUGAUGUGAAUGUUACUUGCCACUUGUUUGCUCAAUCCUGGGUGUUGCUGCAUUUGAAUGUGGACUCCUUCAGUAUCUGAGGAGGGGUUUGCUUUAGUUCAGUUGGCUGGAUGGCUGUUUGUGAUGCAGAGUAAUGCAAACAGCAUGGGUUUAAUUUCUGCACCAGCUGAGGUUAGCAAGAAGGACUGUCCUCCUGAUCACCCUACAAUUAAACCACCACCAGUCAACUCUCUCUGAUAAAAGAGCAGGCCUAUAGACCUUGAAGAUUAUGGUGACUUUACCUGAAGUGUUGAACAUUGUGCAAUCUUCAGAAAAUAUCCCCACUUCUGACCUUACUGCUGAUGAUUGAUGGGGCGAUAAGAAGCCAGGUUAGACCUGACAUUUUUUGUGUACAGAACUUACCUGGGCAAUUUUCCACACUGUCAGAUAAGGUCCUGUGUUGUAGCUGAACUGUGAUCAGAGACCAGUGACCUGCAUUCCCAGUCUGUCCCUUUGUCC